AUAAAUCGACUUGAGCGGUGACACAAAGUGAGACGUAUAGAGAAGAAUGGACUGGGGGGACUUGGACCUGCAUCCAUUGUGUCCUAAUACAAUAUGUGACUUCCUUCAGAUGCCAGACACCACAAACACAACACAUGCACAUGCAUGAGAGUUGAAUAGCAGGCAGCGAGGCACCAGGCCCACUUCCUCUGCUGCUGUGGAUGUAGACGAUGGUGGGAGGGUGGAGGAGGGUGGAGGAGGAGGCUGGUACAAACUUCAGUCUCACAUAUUUCAGUUCAGACCUCUGGACUCCAACUGCUGCGCCGUUGCUCUCACUGAUAUCUCAAUAAACUCAGCUGUUCUUCAUCCGUCUGCACACAUUCAGCACAAAAACUCACCACUGGACGACACUAAUGCACCUUUAAACAUCUGGAAAACGUCUGCACAUCUUCUGCCGCCGUACUCAACUCAACAAUAAGCUGCCGAGGAAGAGGAGACUGCAAAUUCCUGCCUGUGUAUCCUGAUUCAGGUGAAUCUCAUACCUGCUGAGCUGAGAGAUAAUCGGUGUGUGCGGAGCGGUAAUCAUCAGCCAUGGCAGACUGGAGCCUGCUGGGAAACUUCCUGGAGGAAGUACAAGAGCACUCUACCUCCGUUGGCAAAGUGUGGCUGACCGUCCUGUUUAUCUUCCGGAUCUUGGUGCUCGGCACCGCAGCUGAGUCGUCGUGGCUAGACGAACAGGAAGACUUCGCCUGCGACACCAUACAGCCGGGCUGCGAGAACGUUUGUUACGACCGAGCCUUCCCCAUAGCACACAUACGAUACUGGGUGCUCCAGAUCGUGUUCGUGUCCACGCCCAGCCUGAUCUACAUGGGCCACGCCAUGCACACUGUGAGGAGAGAGGAGAAGAGGAGGAGCAGAGAGGAAGAGCAAGGAGGAGAUGGAGGAAGGAGAGAGGAGGACCCAGGAGGAGGUGAAGGAGGAGGAGGAGGAGGAGGGAAAAGGAAAGGAGAUAAGGACGAAGGAAAGGAGAAAAGGGAAGGUCUAUCAGCAGGUCGAAUCCGUCUGAGGGGAGCACUGCUGCAGACCUACGUACUGAGCAUACUGAUCCGAACCAUCAUGGAGGUGGUGUUUCUGUGCCUCCAGUACUUCCUGUAUGGCGUCUUCCUCAAUCCUCUGUACGUCUGCAAGGCCUGGCCGUGUCCACAUCCAGUCAACUGUUACGUCUCCAGGCCGACAGAGAAAAACGUCUUCAUCGUGUUCAUGCUGGCCGUGUCGGCCAUCUCUUUAGUCCUCAGCAUGAUCGAGCUGCAUCACCUGGCGUGGAGGCACUGCUGCAGGCGCUUCUUCUUACGAGCGAAGGCCGUCACUCCCGCUAACGCCUCGCUGGCUCGACAGCUCUCUUUGUCGCCUCCGCCGCCGUCAACCCCGCCUCCGGACUUCAGCCAGUGCGUGAUCGGCUCCUCGCACUUCCUGCCCCUUCCUUUCCCCAACCACCGCCUGGCUAACCAACAGAACUCCGAGAACAUGGCCACGGAGAAGCACAAAAUAGCCGCCGCCGUCGAGGAGGUGAGCCUCCUCCAGCUGAAAUGCUACUCGCCCACGUGGCAGGAGCCCGCGAACAAUCAGAGCCAAGAUGGCGGUUACCUGAGGACCGACACGGACUGCCCUCAGAUCCAGAAUGGCGGCGUCGGUCCCGACGGGCUGUUGCUUUGCCCGAAUGGAGCGCUCCUUCAGAAAGACAAGCGGAGAUUCAGCAAAACGAGCGGGACGAGCAGCCGGACGAGAGCAGACGACCUCUCGGUUUAAAAGACGAACCAGACGGAUUAAAAAUAAACAGACAAAAUAUCCAAUUUAACAUCAACGCUAACUCUGUUUUUUCUGUUUUAAUGUUUUUAAGAUGAAGUACGGAAGCCCUAAGCGGUCAUACAAUCAUUUUAUUUACGUGUUUUCUCAAGUUAUUCAUGUCGAAUUAACAAAUUUCGCAAGAUCUCGACAAAACAGGAUAGUCAAGUUUAUUAAAUACCUGCAGGAACAUGACUUAAUUUAUUAGAUUAUACUUUAGCUUUCUCGAGAUCUUGAAUUAAUUAUGCCGUAAUCUCUGAAAAAAACAAAGUUUCGUUAUCUUGAUAUUUCAAGAAAACGAUCCUGUCAUCUCUACAACGACAUUUAUAUAUCGACAUAAUGAAAAGAGACAAAAUGUAUGAAUGUGUGACCGCUUUGGGCUUCCGUAUUGUCGUGAAUCGUGAUGAACGUCAUCUAAACGCAGACGAUCCUUCACAAAUACUGUGAUGUUUUGUCGCCACAAACCCGAGACAGAGAUGAAACUUGAUCAUCAGCUGUAGACAUCUCUGUUGACUGAAGCAGCUAGUUGCUGAUUGCUCUGUAUGACAGUUGAUGCAACGUUCACGUGAAAAGGACGAAUAAUGACAAACGUUGCUUCUUCUGAGGGGAAACACCUUUGACGGGAUUUACUUGUGGACUGAGCCUGAACUCAAACUCUCUGAUUUUACUGGCUUGAAUUUUUCAUUUUCCGGUGAAGUAACAGGAACUUUGUUGAACACAUCAUUUAUUUUGCAGCCGCGCCUCUUUUAACCUCCACUGGUUGCAGACGUGGAAUAUGAAGCACAAAGCCCGACUGUAUCUUCACACCAGCAUGUUUUUACAUUUAAUCUCUUCACUUUAUACUCGAGGUUGGUGACUCCACAUUAUCGCCAUGACUAGUUUUGUUUGCAGAUUACACUCAUCGUAUCAUCAGGUAAUAAACUGUUAGGUAUUUCCUGUAUCGUGCUUUUUAUUAUUCAAUAAUGUGAACGCUGUAAAAGCUUUGCAGAUAAAACUGUAAAGAGUCUGUGUCUAAAUCGCUAAAACCAAACGGCAAACUCCGUGCCUGUGAGUGGAAGUACCAAAAUCUGCAGUUCCUCUAACGUCCACUUGAGGCUGGCUCCAGAAGUGAGUCAGUCUCCAUAAGUCCCCAUGUCCAAAUGUCCAACUUCACAGUAGAAAUAAACAUGUUUACAGCCUGGUACAAAAAACAGUUUUAGUCUCUGUAGCUAAUUUAGAGAGCACGUCCACUGCGUACGUUCUUUAUACAGGCAGUUAUUUUUACUCUACCUCGGCUUUUCAGAUUUCCACUUUCAAUGAACGAGAGCUGGACGAGAGAACGCUGGGAAACACAAUAUUUGUUGAGUUAGGUCCGACAGCUGUUUUUAACUGAUUUUUGGGAGCAGAAUCUAAAACUGAUCUCAGUUUUUCUCCAUCACAUCAAGUUUUUGAACUGUAGGAUCCCCGUUUCCUCAAAAAAUAUGAAAAAUACUGUACUGAACAGAUAUGUGCUUGUUUUCACUAAACCAA